CGGAAAAAUGUCGCUACGCGUAAGCUUGAAAAUAUAAAAAUUAUCGUUGUUUUAUAGUCAACUUUCACCGGUUAAAGCUUUUGAAAUUCCCUUUUCUUGUAGGUUACUAUCUAGAACAGUAAAUUUGGAGGUAAAUUCGAAAGGAAAAAGUGAUGGUUAUGAACAACGAAUCGCAGAAAACAGGAUCGCCAACGCAGGCACGACAACUUGCCGAAAGCGACGACAUAGCAAGUAGUUUAGUGUUGGACUCUAUGCUCGGCUUCACCACACACAAAAUGGCAGCACGAUUUCGGCCUCUUAAAGUCGAUCAAGAGGUGGUGAGGAAGGCACUGGAAAGAUAUCGUCAGGAUGGAGAUUUGGAACAAGCCUACAACGAAAUCGUAUUCAACGCUGGGGAUUGGGGAAGAUGUUAUUUCAUCACUAAAUCUAAACCUCAAAUUGCGGCUUUCAAAGAACAUGUCUUCAGAUAUAUUGGGAUAUUCAGUAAAAACUCUGGUUACAAGGUUGUGCCUUGCAGUCGUUAUUCAGGAGAAGAUAAUGGGGCUAAAGUUGUGGCUACUUGUGAAUGGAGCAAAGGUGAUAAGCUGCCUUAUCUGUGUGGCUGCAUUGCGGAAAUGAAUGAAGAGGAGGAAAAGAAGUUACUCCGCCCAGGAGAGAAUGACUUUAGCAUCAUGUUCUCCUGUAGGAAGAAUCUAUCUCAGCUUUGGCUUGGUCCUGCUGCCUACAUUAACCACGACUGCCGUCCCAAUUGCAAGUUUGUGUCUACAGGUAGAGAAACAGCGUGUGUGAAGGUGUUACGAGACCUUGAGCCUGGAGAAGAGAUUACUUGUCACUAUGGUGAUGACUUUUUUGGUGACAAAAACUGUAACUGUGAAUGUGUGACAUGUGAGAGACGAGGUGAAGGUGUCUUCAAGUCUAAGGUUAAGACUGUGGACAAGAAGCAGAAGUACAGCUUUAGAGAAACAGAUAAAAGACUGAAGAGAUUGGCACGAAGGAUGACAGAUACAUUCCUUGAUGUUGAAAACGAUCCUUCGCCAAAAGUGCUGCCAGCUUCAGAUGAAAGUGAAGCAGCAAGCAAGUUUCAGGGGGAGAUAGAUUGUUUGAUUUCAGUGGACCUAUGCACAGUUGAAAGAGCUGAUGGGGUGGACACUUCUAAUGCUAUUCCUGCACACAAGUUCUACUCAAAAACAAAUAGACCCAAACCACGAACAAGUGUCACAAUUGGCUUGGAUGAACUGAAUGUUGGAAGGAGAAAACGAAGGAAAAAGGGCCCAAAGUUAUGCAUGCCAACAAAGCGUAAACGAACAAGACACACUUUUACAAGUGCAUAUGAAGAAGUCCCUCCAGACAGCAUAUGCAAAUAUAUUCCUCCUGUAAGACAUGUUUCUGUUGACAGUGGUGUGGAGAUUACAGACAACGUUGAUGGUGAUUUAAUCACAUAUCCCGAGAAAUAUAAGACUAUUGUGGAUGGGGUAGAUUGCUUUCCUACAAGAACAUUGGGAAAAUCUGUUGCCACAUACAUGUUGUCUGGGAGACCUGUGUCUGUUGAUAUGCCAGUGAACUCUUUUCCAUUGUUCAGAAAUAGUGCUAGUUAUAGAUGCCCGUGUUGCCCCUAAUCUUUUUAUACAUAGCUUAGAACUUUCUCUAUCACAAUGUGCAUGCUUACUCUAGAUACAACUUACUCAAGGAUUGUAUCGUCCUCUGUGUUUUUCUAGUUCUUAGUUGGUCAAAUGAAAGACUCAGUAUGUUGGUAAAUGUGCAGUGAAUUUAAAAAACUCCUACUAAGUUAAAUGUAGCUGUCAAAAACAUGGCUUGUACAAGUUUAAUGUUGUAAAUUAUGAAAAAAUGGCAGUUAAACAUUUACUUCUCAAUGUCUAACAGAUCUUUAUGGUAUUACCACAAUCUCUUUCAAUCAUCUACAGAACACCCAAAGUGAAAAAAAAAAUAAUAAUAAUGAAGCAAGAGAAAAAGAAUUAGUUGGAGAUUGGCAAAAUCCUUCCCAUAACUUAUCAUUAUUCCAACCUAUUAAAAUGUGAUGUUGUUCAUCUGAUUCCAGUUGUCUUAUGACUGGAUAAAGCCAUCCUCAAGAUAAAAUACUAAUAGUAAUAAUUCAAAAGAUUAUUAUCUUUUUUGUGAACAUUUUUCUGGUACUGGUAAAGGUUUCUUGAUCUUAAAGUGCAUUGUAGAUCAAUUAUCGUGCUUUGGGACAACCAGUUCCUGGUAUCUAAUAUGAGUAGAAUUGUAAUAACGUUAUUGUCAUUAUCAUAAUUUCAAUCUGUAGAUCAUCCUUCUUAAAUAUUUCUGGAGUGAAAUUAUGAUUCAAUCUUUGAGUUGUUUUGUUAAAAAAAAAGAAAACAGAAACAAAAAAGAAACACUCUGGCAUGAUUUUUACUUGGACUGUUGACUUGCUAAUUUCCACAUGUUGUUGAACUUAUACAAACAUUUCUUUAGUACCAUUAAAAAGAAGAAAAAAAAGCUAAAUUUUUAAAAUUGAGUUCGAGGUCCCCCUUCUAAGUUUUAGGUGUAACUUUUCUUGAUGUGAAACAAAAAUGCAAGAGAAAGGAAUGAUACUUUAUUGUAACUUAAGUGGAAGAGCUGCACUAGUUUGUAGUUAAAUUAAUAUUUUGUCAUUUUUACAAACAUUCAAAAAUUUACUCCAAAAAAAUAUGUCCAGUUGGCGAGAUUACAUUUUAGGUGAUACUUAUGUUAAGUAUGACAUCACAUUAUGUUGUAGAAGUCCUCUCUCUGAAUGGGUCGUAAAUUAUAACAUCUUCAUUUUGUGUCAGUCACUGUAAUGAGAAAGUGUUCCCCAAGGGUAAUAAAAUACCACUUGUGUA